CCGCUGCUGCUGGCGCGGGGCUGCGCGCAGGGCCUGGGCCAGACGCGCUUCAUCUGCACCUCCGUGCCCGUGGACGUGGACAUGUGCGCGGCACCCACGCAGGGCGGCGACGCGGCCGAGGAGCUGCGGGGCACGGUGCUGCAGCUGCGCGAGACGGUGCUGCAGCAGAAGGAGACCAUCCUGAGGCACCAGGACACCAUCCGCGAGCUCACGGCCAAGCUGGGCCGCUGCGAGAGCCAGAGCGCGGCCGAGGCGCCCGGCGGCCGCCGGCAGCCCGGCCCCGCCAAGAACACCAUGGGCGACCUGUCGCGCCCGCCCGCCGCCGAGACCCUCAGCCAGCUGGGGCAGACGCUGCAGGCGCUCAAGACGCGCCUGGAGAACCUGGAGCACUUCAGCCGCCUCAACGCCUCGGGCCAGGGCAGCAACCUCAAGGACAUCCUGCAGAACAAGAUCGACGACCUGGAGAAGCAGGUGCUGUCGCGCGUGAACAGCCUGGAGGAGGGCAAGUUCGGCCCCAGGAACGAGUCGGAGGAGCGCGGCAAGAUCGAGAGCACCCUCACGUCGCUGCACCAGCGCAUCAGCGACCUGGAGAAAGGCCAGAAGGACAACCGGCCCACGGACAGGUUCCAGCUCACGUUCCCGCUGCGCACCAACUACAUGUACGCCAAGGUGAAGAAGAGCCUGCCCGAGAUGUACGCGUUCAGCGUGUGCAUGUGGAUGAAGUCCAGCGCCUCCCCUGGCAUGGGCACCCCCUUCUCCUAUGCUGUGCCCGGCCAGGCCAACGAGCUCGUGCUCAUCGAAUGGGGCAACAACCCCAUGGAGAUCCUCAUCAACGACAAGGUGGCUAAGCUGCCCUUCGUCAUCAACGAUGGCAAGUGGCACCACAUCUGCGUCACGUGGACCACGCGGGACGGCGUGUGGGAAGCCUACCAGGACGGCACCCAGACCGGCAGCGGCGAGAACCUGGCCCCCUACCACCCCAUCAAGCCACAGGGCGUCCUGGUGCUGGGCCAGGAGCAGGACACGCUGGGCGGCGGGUUCGACGCCACGCAGGCCUUCGUGGGGGAGCUGGCCCACUUCAACGUGUGGGACCGCAAGCUGAGCCCCGGCGAGGUCUACGCGCUGGCCACGUGCAGCAGCAAGGCGCUCGCCGGCAACGUCAUCGCCUGGGCCGAGGGCAACAUCGACGUCUAUGGCGGGGCCACCAAGUGGACUUUCGAGGCCUGUCGCCAGCUCAACUAGGGCGCCGCCACGGACACAUGAGACAACCCUCCCCAGCGCCCUCUCUUUCUUUUUCCUCCUCUCCCCUGUUCUUUUUUCUUCUUGCGCAAAAACACCUGAGAACAACGUCACCGUCCCCCCCCCCACUGUCCGGUUUUUGUCUUGCCAACCUCC